AUGCGGGAUGUUCGAGCUUUCCUUGGCCAUGCAAGAUUCUACAGAAGAUUUAUUAGAGACUUCAGUCGGAUUGCUCUUCCAUUGUCUCAGUUGCUUCAGAAAGAUGUGAAUUUUCAGUUUGAUCAGAGGUGCAAGGAAUCUUUUCAGAGACUUAAGGAGGCUUUGGUUUCUGCACCUAUCAUCACGCCACCUGAUUGGACUUUACCAUUUGAGCUAAUGUGUGAUGCUUCAAAUUUUGCUAUAGGAGAAGUACUUGCGCAGAGAGUAAAUGGAGCACUAUAUGUGAUAUGCUAUGCUUCAAAGACCUUGGAUUCAGCUCAAGCAAAUUACACCACAACAAAAAAAGAGCUUCUUGUUAUUGUUUUUGCUUUAGAUAAAUUCAAAUCAUAUUUACUUUAUUCUCAUGUGAAGUUUGAUUUAGAGAUAUGUGAUAGAAGUGGGAAGGAGAAUUUGGUUGUGGAUCACUUGAGUAGGAUCGAGGGAGAUUUGAAUCACACGACUAUUGAUGAUGAUUUCGGGGAUGAGCAGCUUUUUCAGAUGCAUGGUGAGUCUCCAUGGUGUCAACGAACUGGAAACAUAAGCCCUAGAAAUGAAAUGUCUCAACAGUACAUGUUAUUCUGUGAGAUUUUUGAUUUGAUUAUGUUUUCAAAUGGGUGGAGGGCAUCCCCACCAGGACUGACAAUUCUUCAGUUAUUGUUUAGAGUACCUAGGGCUAUUGUUAGUGACCAAGGGGCACAUUUUUGCAACAAAUACAUGAAAGUUAUGCUAAACAAAUAUGGAGUUUCACAUAGAGUAUCUACUCCUUAUCAUCCCCAAACAAAUGGACUAGCUGAGGUGUCAAAUAGAGAAGUGAAGUCAAUUCUUGAGAAGACUGUGAGGCCUGACAGGAAAGAUUGGAGUAAAAGAUUAGAUGAUACACUUUGGGCUUACAGAACUGCUUUCAAGACCCCUAUAGGGAUGUCUCCAUAUAGAAUUAUGUAUGGAAAAUCUUGUCAUCUUCCAGUGGAGAUUGAACAUAGAGUUUAUUGGGCAGUUAAAGCUUGUAAUUUUGAUGCUAGCUUAGCAGGAGAAGAGAGGAAAUUGCAACUCCAAGAACUUGAGGAAAUUAGACUUGAAGCAUUUGAGAACUCACGGAUCUACAACGAAAAGACCAAGAAUUUUCAUGAUAAGCACAUUUUAUGGAAUGGAAGUGAAGAACAGAAGUGA